AUGAAGGUUAUAUCAAGCAGUGUAGUAAUGAAGGCUGCGUUGGUUAUAGAUAGGAUAACACAACAACAUGGGAAGGCUGACAAUGAAGCAAUAGGUUCUUAUGGAUCAACUCUACGAUACAAGAGCGUGGAACGGAUAAAGCCUAUUGGUAAACAUACUCUACUUGGUGCAAGUGGAGAAAUUAGUGACUUCCAAGAGAUCUUGCGCUAUCUUGAUGAACUAAUUAUUUAUGAUCAUAUGUGGGAUGAUGGAAACUCUCUGGGCCCUAAAGAAGUUCAUAACUAUUUGAAUCGAGUAAUGUACAACAGGCGCAACAAAUUCAACCCUUUGUGGAACUCACUUGUGGUUGGUGGAGUUAAAAAUGGGCAGAAGUAUCUGGGGAUGGUUGGCAUGAUUGGAACACAUUAUGAGGAUAACCAUGUUGCAACUGGUUUUGGAAAUCAUUUGGCAAGGCCAAUUAUGCGUGCGGAAUGGCGUGAGGACUUGACCUUUGAGGAGGCUGUAAAAAUUCUAGAGAAAUGCUUGCUUGUGCUUUUAUACCGUGAUAGAUCAGCUAUCAACAAAUUUCAGGUAUUAUUUUAGUUUGAUGUUAUUUUU